AUGGAUCCGGUGGUGGAUCAAACGGUAAUCACCGAGCGCGAGCUUGAAAACCGUAUUGCUACAGUUACUGCACAAAUUAAUAAGCAAGGCACUGAAAUGCCUGAAGAAAGCGUUUUGCGCAAACAAAUUUUAGAGCGUUUAAUUUCGGACACACUUCAAAUUCAAUAUGCUGCGCAAACGGGCCUGCGUGUGGAUGACGCGCAACUUGAUAAAACGAUUGAGCGUAUUGCUGAGCAAAAUCAACUCACGAUAACUGAAUUUAGCGAGGCUAUUGGCAGAGACGGCAUUAGCAUGCGCAAAUUCAGGUCAGAUAUUCGCAACGAAAUCACCAUUGCACGUCUGCGGGAGCGCGAAGUGGAUGGUCGUGUGAAUGUCACAGAGUCUGAAGUUGAUAAUUAUCUGACAACCCAAGCAGCCGCUGGCACUAGCCAAGAUGAGUUUGAAAUCUCGCAUAUUUUAAUUCGCACGCCGCCUGAUGGCACACCUGAGGACAUUCAAAAAGCCCAAGCAAAAACUGAUGAGGUCAUGAAAAACCUUAAGUCUGGUGCGAGUUUCGCAAAAGUCUCAGCCAGUUUUUCUGACGCGCCAAAUGCUUUAGAGGGCGGCAAUUUGGGCUGGAAACAAGGCGCACAAAUGCCCAAUUUGUUUUUAGAGGCAUUAAAUAGCAUGCAAAUUGGCGAUGUUUCUGAGCCCAUUCGUAGCCCAAAUGGCUUUCACAUACUUAAGCUUACUAAUAAGCGCGGUGGCAACUCACCUCUAGUGGUGCAGCAAACCCGCGCGCGACAUAUUUUGAUUAAAAUUACCGAAAUCAUGUCUGAAAAAGAAGCUAAAACCAAAAUGGAUCACAUCAAAGACCGUUUGGAUAAUGGCGAAAAAUUCGAUGCUUUAGCCCGUCAAUUUUCAGAAGAUGGCAGUGCCGCUAAUGGCGGUGAGUUAAAUUGGGUGAACCCUGGUGACACUGUGCCGCAAUUUGAAAAAGCCAUGAAUGCACUCAAAGAAAAUGAAAUCAGCGCGCCUGUACAAACUCAAUUUGGCUGGCAUAUUAUUCAAGUAUUAGAGCGUCGUGGGCAAGAUAUGACUAAAGAAGCGGCUCGCCUAAAAGCCCGCCAAGAGAUCCGCGCUCGUAAAGCUGAUGAAGCUUACCAAGAUUGGAUUCGCGAGCUACGCGAUCGUGCUUACUUAGCGCAGCAGGCAUUACCUGCCAAAAUCAUUGUCAUUGGCGAUCAAUACGCGCUACAAAAACGCGCACAGAUUCUUAAUUUACCUCUCAACAUAUGUGCUGAUGAAGUGCCGCAUAUAGGUAACGGCGGCUUGCAAGUGCUACACCACCCACUUGCCGAGCCAGCAGUUGCAGGCAAACUCAAUGUCAACAAUAGUGCCUAUGUGCUAAACACCCUGACCACCGCAACCAAAGGUUGUAUGAAUGGCCUAUUUGAUGCCAUGGUCACCGCACCCGUGCAUAAAGGCGUGAUUAAUGACGCAAACAUUAAUUUUACAGGCCAUACAGAGUUUUUAGCUGAACUGACUGGCACCCCACAAGUGGUGAUGAUGUUAGUCGGUGGCCAAGGUGAAAGUAUGCUGCGCGUUGCGCUGGCAACCACCCACCUUGCUUUAAAAGAUGUACCUGCUGCAAUUACCCAAGCUAACUUAGAAACCACCAUCCGCAUUUUACACACCGAUUUAAUGCAAAAAUUUGGCAUUAAAAAACCUAAAAUUUUUGUGGCUGGCCUAAACCCACAUGCGGGUGAAGGCGGCUAUUUGGGCAUGGAAGAAAUUGAAACCAUCAACCCCGUAUUAGAAAAACUGUGUUCGCAGGGCUUUGAUUUAAUUGGUGCGCUACCUGCCGAUACCAUGUUUUCAGCUAAAAACAUCAAAGCUGCUGAUGCCUUCUUAUGCAUGUAUCACGACCAAGGCUUGCCCGUGCUGAAACACACCAGUUUUGGUGAAGGCGUCAACAUCACGCUCGGCUUGCCGAUUAUUCGAACCUCG